AUGUCUAAUGGACGCAAGCUGUCACGCUCUGGCAGUAACCAGUCCCCACCAAAAAUAUUGCCCCCUGGGACCGUUUCAUCAGAUUCCAGCUCUGCUCUCACAGUGGAAAAUGUAAAAAGGCUGGAAAAGGAGUAUGCAACUUCUAAAGAAGCCUUCAAUAACAAGAAAAUACGAGAUUAUAUUAAGCAGAGUAAUCUUGCUCUCUCCAGCAAAGAGAAAAGUAGGAAAACCAGCACAGAUCUUGUCUGGGAAGAAGAGCCUGAAGGAGCCUCCUCAUCCUUUCCAGAAAAAUGGAGAGAAAAUAACAAAGGUGUUUGCUGGAAGACUUCUGCAGUAAUUUCAAAGAAAGGUAAACUAUUAACAGAUGUGGUGGUGCUCCUCAGGGACACCGAGAUGUUCUCCGAGGCAGAAGAGAGCAAGGAGCCAGCUGAAACCAAGGAAGAGGCAGGAGCUGAGGAAGGAGAGGAAGAUAACCAAGCAGAGAUGUGUGAGCAAGCUGUGUGUGAGCCUGUCGAGCUUGCCCAGGGAAGUCCAAGGACAGAGUCAGAGGAGGAACCACUGUUCAGUGGAGAAGAGCACGAGGAUGACGAGACGGCAGCUGUCCUCUAUACAGAUGAGGAAACUACUGUAACUGAAGAGCCUCCUGCAAGGUGCACCUUCUGCAGCACUCCUGAGAAGCCAGUCCCAACAGUGGCUGACCUGAAGGAACAACCUCAGGAAAAACUCUUCUGCUGCCAGAGCUACAGGAAGGUAUUUGACAAUGUCAUCCAAGACCUGAUGAGUGAAGAUGAAGCAGAGGCAGAGAUGGAUGCUGCUCCCCACGCCAACCCUUGGCAGGCUGAGCUGCGGAGUAGCAUCAAGGAGAAGCUGCUGCAACAGUUGGAUGAGGGAGGCUUUGAGAGCUACAGGGAACUACUUCAGCAGUACCUGAGAUUUGUUGCCUGGACCAGGAUCUCUUUCAGACUCUCAAAACCAAAUGAAUACACUGUCAGACCAAAGACUGUCCCUUCCAAAAAGCACCGCCCAACAUCAGCACCUCCAGAAGACCUGUUUGAGAUGGACAGUGAUUGUGUCGCAGAGCACCUGAAGCUCUGCCAUUCUCCCGGCCCCGUGAGAAGAUGCUAUUCCGAUGGACAGACGUUUUUUCUCCUCUUCCCAGAUGGAAGCGGUCAGGUUUACUACCCGUCGGGCAACGUGGCCGUUCUGAUCACGUUCACCGAGGAAGCCCGGUUCACCUACGUCAUCCUGGAGGACAGCAGGUACCUGGGCAUUAGGGCUGCCUUCGGGAGCCACGGCCACGGGGUCUGCUUCCACCCUGAUGGACAAAUCUGGACCAUCCUGAGCCCUUGCGCUGGAACCAGCUUUGACCAGGCAGGGGCGAGCCAGAAGCGCUGGAACUGGCACGACCUCAGCCGCCACGUCCACAGCCCUCCUUUCCAGCCCAUCACCGCGAAACUGAACGGCCACCUCACCCUUAAGAUUGUGUCCCAGGAUCAGAUUCACCUGUGGUUCACGAGCCACAGCAACUGCAUCCACUUCAACGUGGGGACCCGGCUCAAGUUGAAAGACCCCAAGACAAAUCACCUGCUAAAAGGGUUAGAAAGCGAAGAGGAGCUCUUCCUGCAGUCCAAAAAGAUUCAGCUCAGGAGCCUGCUCUCCAAAAUAGAGGCAGUUUUGCAAUAGCUUUGCCAGCG